CAACCCACAAAAUGAGAAAGAGCGAUCCAACACUAUAAAAUGGGUUUUAAAACCCUGAUUCUUACUCUCCUCUUUCUUCCACACCGGCGGCGGCUGUUGAAACUCGGAGAGCAUUUGUAAUGGGGAUCGAUCUCGUAGCAGGAGGUAAGAGUAAGAAGACCAAGAGGGUUGCUCCCAAAUCUGAUGAUAUCUACCUAAAGUUACUCGUCAAGCUUUACCGCUUUCUUGUUCGUCGAACUGGAAGCAAUUUCAAUGCUGUGAUUCUCAAGCGCUUGUUUAUGAGCAAGGUUAACAAGCCUCCACUUUCCCUCUCUCGGCUUAUCCAGUUCAUGAAAGGAAAGGAAAGUAAGAUUGCUGUCGUUGUUGGGACUAUUACCGAUGAUAUUCGAGUCUAUGAAGUUCCAGCAUUGAAAGUUGCAGCUUUGAGGUUCACUGAGACAGCAAGGGCAAGGAUCGAAAAGGCUGGUGGGGAAUGUUUGACAUUUGACCAGCUUGCUUUGAGGGCUCCUCUGGGUCAGAACACGGUUCUUCUUAGAGGUCCUAAGAAUUCUCGAGAGGCAGUGAAGCAUUUCGGUCCAGCACCUGGUGUGCCACACAGCCAUUCCAAGCCAUAUGUGAGGUCGAAGGGAAGGAAGUUUGAGAGGGCUAGAGGAAAGAGAAACAGCAGGGGAUAUAGGGUUUGAUUUGAUCUUUUACUUUUUUCCAAGCCUAAUUCAAUGCAAGUGUGUUAUUUCGAAAUUCAAUAUCCAAAUUUUGCUAGAUUUUAGUUGCAUGUCAGUUAUUCCAUUUCUUACGGUUUUUCCCAUAGUAUUGUUGAUUAUGAAUUCGAUUAAACGUUAUUCCGCGGGACUUCGCACAGUCUUUUUUUGCUUA